CCCCUUCCUGAAUUCCUGCCACUUCUCCAGUCUAUCUUUGGAAAUUCACCAGUCAUGCUUUUUUGGCAUAGUCAACCUGAUCAUUACUGGCCAGGUCCGGGAGAAAUGUAUCCUUGCCCUGGCAACAAUAUCAUAAGAGAGCCACUGUCACUGCCAUUCCUAAAGCAGGAGGAACCAAACAUCUCAACAUCAGCUGAGCAGCAUUGCCCAUCUUUCCAGUAUAUUCUGUGUGCUGUUACCUCUCCAGCUGUCAAACAGCAUGAGGAAACUCUCACUUAUCUCAACCAAGGGCAAUCAUAUGAAAUCCGGAUGCUGUGUAAUCCCAAAAUAGGUGAAUUUGCUGAGGGGCGGAAGCUGCUGAAGAGUGUAAUCAGAGUGGUCUUCCAUGACCGAAGACUGCAAUACACAGAACACCAGCAAUUAGAGGGAUGGAGAUGGAACAGGCCAGGUGACCGCAUCCUGGAUAUUGAUAUCCCAAUGUCUGUGGGCAUUCUGGAGCCCCACAUGCCCUCCACUUUGCUCAAUACUGUGGAAUUCCUGUGGGACCCAACUAAGCGCACUUCAGUCUUUCUGCAGGUCCACUGCAUUAGUACCGAGUUCACACUUCGUAAGAAUGGUGGGGAAAAAGGGGUCCCCUUUCGCAUCCAAGCUGACACCUUCAAGCCCAAUGAGAAGGGUGAGCACAUGGAACACUUGCACUCCGCCAGCUGUCUCAUCAAAGUCUUCAAGCCCAAAGGAGCAGACCGGAAACAGAAAACAGAUAGGGAGAAGAUUGAAAAACAGUCCCUCCAGGAGCGGGAGAAGUACCAGCCUUCAUAUGACAGCACAGUUUUGACAGAGUGUUCCCCUUGGCCUGAAGUUUCCAGCAAUCUCAACAGUCCUCCAUCAACUCCUGGCCUUGUCUCUCCACAUCCUUUCAAGCUUCAAACCCCUGAAAGAGUCUGCUCCUCACCCAGUUAUGCCUUGGACAGUUCAUCAGAGGGCAUGGCAGAGACCCUGAAUCCAAGCGCCUCCAUUUUGGAAACUCAACAGUGGUUACUUAAAAACAGGUUCUCCAAUUAUUCCAGGGCUUUUGCCAGCUACACAGGAACGGAUUUGCUCAAACUGUCCCGCAAUGAUCUUGUACAGAUCUGUGGAAUGGCAGAUGGGAUUAGACUUUCAAAUGCUCUAAAAGCAAGGACUGUGCGCCCUCGUCUCAUUCUUUAUGUGUCCAAGGAACUGGAAGCAAGUGGGAACAAUGCUCCUCCAAACCCAGCAUCUGUUAUAUACCAAGAGUUAUAUCUGGAGGAACUGACUGCCACGGAGCUGACUAAUAAAUUGGCAGAACUGCUUAGCGUCCCAGCCAAUCAGGUCCAGCAAGUUUCCAAACAGGGGCCUACAGGAAUUCACAUCCUUGUGAAUGAUCAGGUAUGGUGCAGACUUAUUUUAAGAAUGAGCCUUACCUCUUAGAAACACAGAAGAUUGAAUCCUUAUCUCCAAAGAUUAAAGAAUAGAGAUUAGAAGAGCACAAUUAUUAUUCUUGCAGCGUUCUGACCAUGCACUUUCAAAGAGGCGAAUCUAAGGGAUUCUGGCUGCAACGAUCAGGCUAAAGGUUUUAAUGCCCGCAUUCACUUCUGCUGAUCUAUACUGGGAAAGUCCUGGCAGUUCCAUAGCAUCCCUACCUCUUUCCUUACCAGUAGCACUGUGGUUGGGCUUUAUGACCAAUCACUACCUAUUUUCUUGUUUGUUUGUUCAGUUUAUAUAGCUACCCACCUCACUAAACAAGGAAAUCUAUUAGGAAGGUGUCUUUAAUGCUGUUUAGUGGUAAGUUUAAAAGUGGAUAAACUUUUUUCAGUUAUCUAUAUCUCCAGCUUUUUUUCUUGAAAAACUAAGUAUGAUUUAAUUAGAUGUGUUUUGCUAUUUAAAUAAACAUGGUGAACUGGGGAGAAUAGCUUAAUCCCAAAUAACUCCAAAGAUGAUUUGCAUAAAACUAGUCUCUCUUACCCUCUGCUGACUUUAAUUGUUCAGUCCAUACCCUAGCAUCUUUUGUGAGCUCUGCCAGCAUUUAACUUUGGCUGAUGCCAAUGAAUUAGACUCUUUUUCUUCCAUAAAGUCAUUUCAGAAGUUGAGAAUGGAUUAUGAUCAUAUAUGCUUGAAAGCACAGAUUAUAAACAGACAUUGCUUAAUUGGGAAAUCCAGAUCAAAUCAGUUUCAGCUACAGCAUUUACCUAAAUGGUAGU